AUGGGCAAAGAUACCCCGCCAGUGCCGUUACCAGAGGGGCAAAAUACGUCAAUUCUCACACUUCCCACUGAGAUCCUCAUUCAAAUCUUCCUGUACUACAUUCCUAUCUACCCGGAGUGCCCGCCUCUUUUCGGACGUCACUCCCCCUCAAUACUGACGAACGUCUGCCGCUGGUGGCGCACAACUGCUCUUGACAUGCCCAAACUUUGGCGGGCAAUCCAUGUCGACUUGACGCUUUCGGACAAACCAACAAACUUGUAUCAGAAGGGCAUUGUGGAAACUGCGCGGACAUGGCUUGUUCGGUCUGGGGGCUCUCCUAUCUCGGUUUCGUUAACGUGCCACCAAAUUCACGCAAUCGACGCGCAAGACCUGAAUAUGCCCGCAACAGAGAUCCUUCUCAUGGAGUGUGCGCGAUGGGAAUACGCCAUCAUGCGCCUUCCAUCUCACCUAUCCAAAAAGCUUUAUCUCAAGCAACGUUUCAUGCCCUUACUCGUGGCCAUGCGCCUCACCUCUGUCGGUAUCACUUCAGAACAGGCUCUUGGACAAAUUCACGCUCCCCGCCUCCAUACAUUCGACAGCCGACUGAGCCAGGAUCUUCACUACUUCAAGCUGUUCAGCAGCGACGUGUGGAGCCACCUAACGACGUUGAAACUGAGGGAUAUUCCACUGGAUUCGGCGUGGCCGAUCCUCCAGGGCACACCCGCAUUAAGACAUUGUUGGCUUGAGCUGUGGACGCCAGGCCGCGGAAUCAACGACUACACUGGCACAAUCUUGCGAGUUCUUUUACAUCUUGAAACCUUGAUCGUCACCUCACCCACCACCAUACUCCCACCAUGCGAACCGUUUUUGCGGGGCUUCGUACUGCCUUCACUCCGUCGUUUUGCCAUCCGUUUGGCGCUGAUGUCUGACCUCGAUCCGCCUGGCAGCCUGACCGAUCCACUGGGCAUAGAGUUGCUUGUGCACGUUCUCCAAUGCUGGAUGUGCGAACUGCAAGUGCUAUCCAUCUUGAAACUUCCACUUGAUGGUACUUUGGACCAACCGAUCCAGGAAGCCUUCCAGAACAUCGCAUAUUUGGAGUUGAACCGCAGCAAUAAUGCAUGGUACCCAAAUCCCGAGUUCUGGGGAGUUGACUGGUUUUCAUAG